AUGGUGACAAUUGAAUCACUUACGAAGGAGCAGUUGAAGGAAUUGCGAGGUGAAAACGAAGAAAUGAGAAAACAAAUUAGCGAACUGCGGCAAAUGGUUCAACAAGUAGUCAUUAACCAGAAUAACGUUAGAAACAAUCAAAACAGUACUUCAGAAAUGCCUAGUAAGGACCGUAACGCGCAUUUUAUACAAGAAAUCGCAGAAGUCUUGACCGAAUUCGACCCAACGAAUGAAGAUUUCAUUACGGCUACGCAAUUUGUCGAACGUGUUGAAGCUGUUAUGUCUUCGAAACGACAUGUGGUCGCUGCACGUUACGAUUUUUUCAAAAGGGAAAUGAAGCCACAUCAAUCAUACAGAGAGUGGGUAGCAGAUCUCCGCGGAUUGGCAAGAGAGUGUAACUUUUCGUGCUCAGCCCAGAAUUGUUUGCACAAUUUCGUGGAUGAUAUGAUUCGUGACCAAAUUAUUAUACGUACACCGCACGAUGCUGGGCGCACGGCUGCGUUCCAAAAGCCCCAGCCGACACUUGCUGAUGUUUUGCAGAUUGCAGAAUUGUACGAAACAACCACUAAAACGGUGGCAACAAUUAAAGAACAAACGAUCGAAAACUCAAUGCCUGUUAAUUCAGUUGGUACAAUUAUAAGAAAACCGGGUGUUUUCAACAAUAACAAUAAUAAAGUAAAAUUCAAAUCAUGUUCUGGCUGUGGAAACUCUCAUGCAAGAGAAAACUGUAAAUUUAGAAAUGCUGUAUGCAAUAGAUGUAGCAAAAUUGGACAUAUUGCGCCAGUGUGCAUGUCAAAACAAAACAAGAACAACAAACGUAAUUCAGGUGAUGAAAACAAGAAGAAAGAUUACCGUCGUAAAAGUCACAACAUUGGUACUGUUGAAACAAUUAACAGUUUGACAGGUAUUGUAAAAACUGAAGGCAAUAAGAAUUACAUUGACUUGGAAAUUUUGCUCGCUGAACUUUGCGUAGAUAUCAAAUGUGGCGAAAAAGAAAACGAAGUGGUAAUCGUUGUCGUGGAUGUCGAAAACUGUAACAAUUUAUUCGGUUGCGAUUUAUUCAAAGAAUUCGCGUUUGAGAUUCAGCAAAUUUGUAAUAUUACUGAAAGUGAAUCACACAGAAUUAGCGAGCUGUGUACAUCCGAAAUUUUACAAAAGCCGACAAAUUUCAUUUUCGCAAAUGUCACUUUUCAAGAAAGAAGUCGAUCGAUUGACAAAUGCGGGUAUUUGGAAACUGUGAAGUUUUCCCAAUGGGCUUCCCCUAUUGUACUAGUGCCAAAAGGUGAUGGUUCCAUAAGAAUUUAUGGGGAUUUUAGACAAGCAGUCAAUGCGCAAAUUGACAUUGAACAAUAUCCUUUGCCCAUACGAGAAAAUCUUUUCCAUAAAAUUCAUUGCGGUCAACAUUUUACAAAAAUCGACCUUAAGGACGCGUAUUUACAAAUGGAACUCGACGAUGAAGCAAAAACAAUGAUGGUUGUCAACACUCCGCUUGGGUUAUUCCAAUACCAACGUUUACCGUUUGGGAUUGCAAGCGCACCAGCUAUAUUCCAAAGAUAUCUUGAGCAGUUACUUCAAGGCGUAGAAGGUUGCGGAAAUUAUCUCGAUCUCCGCACCUACAUUUCAACAACACAUCAGCCGCCUAGAACAAAUACUUCGUAUUUUGCAACAAAAUGUGCAAAAGGUAUAUUGCCAGAUGAGUCAGGACUAAAAGCAGUAAAAAACCUGCAGUCGCCUAAAGAUCUAAAGCAAGCAGAAGCAUUCAUGGGUAAGGUAAACUACUACCAUAAUUUUAUACCUAAUUUUUCGCAAUUAUCCGCGCCAAUCAACAUGCUGCGCCGAAAAAAUGUAAAAUUCAAAUGGGGUACAGCACAACAACAAGCAUUUAUAGCUCUUAAAACGCAUAUUCUCAAUGCAGCGCAAUUAGCACAUUAUCAGGAACACUUACCGUUGAUUCUAGCUACAGAUGUCUGCUCCUAUGGCAUAGGGGUCGUGCUCUCGCAUAGGUACGUUGACGGUACAGAAAGGCCUAAUGCUUUUGCAUCUAAAACUCUCGACAUUCAUCAGAUAUAG